AUGAAUAUCGAAGCUGCGCUGGCAGACGUCCCAGCGGAGGUUCGACAAGCCCUGCUGAGGUUUGACUCAAGGCGAGAUUCUGACCUAGGCAACGGCACUAUCUUCGGGAACUUGGACUUCAAAACCACUGAGGUUGAUUUACUGUUGCCAACACGGAUAGAAGAUUCAACAGCUCCGCCGUUGAAUGCGUCGAAUAACACUGUCCAUGUGAGUGUUCACAAGCCUCAGGUCAUUAACGACGUGCCGUUACACAUAGAAGCAGUCGAAUCGUUCUCUCCUGUCUCGCCAUCCGAUUUCUUUCAGUUAUCUCCACCUUCUAUAUCCGACACCUUCGAUCCGCUACCAGAUGUCAACAGUGUACCUUCUAGCGUACCUAACCUAACAAAGGACGUAGCUGUUCCGUCCGAAUCACUAGUGGCAAAGCCCUCUUGCAGCGCUGGGAACCAGAAUGAACUCCCUACCGGAGGGCGCUCACAGCCACUUGUGGAUGAUGACGAAUGGUCGACGCCGCUUCUUGCAGCAGCCGCACGAGGCCAUGCUGGAAUGGGCGAGAAGGGGAAGGAAUGGAUACAUAAGACGGAUCGUCGAAACCGCACCCCUUUAUACUUGGCAGCUGAAAUGGGCAAGACAGAGAUUGCAGAGCUUUUCAUCAAAGCGGGCGCAGAUAUCAAUCGGAGGUAA